AUGGUAGACGACUGUCGAGUACAAGUUCGCGACCACGAAAUAAAAACGACAACUUUCAAGGUCCUCCUCUUCCCAGUCAACGGCGACCAGCCCCAUCUCGUUGACAUGGUUUUCAGCGAGGCUGGAGCCAAAUCCCAUCCGCGCGGUUUCUACAGUACAGCAGUCGACCUGCGAGGACUAUACGGAAAAUAUACAGCAGGAUAUACGCGGCUGCUUAGAUUCGAUAUCCAAGACCACGAAGAACCCCUCGACGGCCGGUACCAUUUGUAUUACAAUAUUAGUCCUCGUCUCCCUGUCAACCACGCAAUGGCCAGAAUCGUGGGUGUAGAUCCUAAAAGACCUAGCUCUCGGCCGAUGUGGAAAGGCGACGUUGUUAUCAUAAAGAAGCAGCCGGAAAUGGAGAGCGAAGAACCCAAAUCAGGAAUUGCGGAGAAAACGAUUCGCGGGUGGUACAACUCGGAUAUGUGGGCGCCGAAUGCAAGAAUACAACACGAGUCUCUUGACUUCCAUUUAGCAAAUGAGGAGCCUACAGAUCCUCGAUUGAAGCUGCUGAAGGAUUUGGGCACAUACGAAUUGGUGACGGACGAGAAAAAACGACGAAAACAGGAGAAGAUUUAUGAGAGAGUCGUAGCAGAUGGUGCACCUAAAAUGAGCUUUCUCGCGAAUUCGGGGCUGAUAUAUUUUGUUCGUAGAAAAGAAGCGCCUCGUCCGGUGUGA